AUGUCUCUGCUCACCAGAGAAAGCAGAAGCAGGAACCGGGGAGGGGAGGGGAUAGCGCCCGGCGACGGAAGAGGCUGGAGCAAACUYGCCCGGCAGGGAAGGGAGCCCGCGUCCGAGCAAGCUGAGCGAGGCCGGGGCCGCCAGCCGGGCCGUAAGGGGACGGAUGCAGCGGUGAACGGCGAGCGCGAGCCGAGGAAGGCCAUGGCUCCYGCAGGUCGCCGCGCGGAGCGGAGGCCCUUGCUGGCCACGAGCGGCGCCCGGGAUGGGUCGCCGCUCGAGGGGCGCUGGGCAGCGUGCGUGGCCGUGCUGGUGGUGGAGGGCCUGGAGCGGGCGGCUUUCUUCAGCGUCACGGCCAACCUGGUGCUCUACCUCAACAGCAGCACCUUCAACUGGGGCGGCACCCAGGCGUCCCGUGCCUCCCUCGUCUUCCUGGGCGCCUCCUACCUGCUCUCGCCCGUGGGCGGCUGGCUGGCCGAUGUCUACCUGGGCCGCUACGGCACCGUGGCGCUGAGCUUCGUGCUGUACCUCCUGGCGGCGUGCCUGCUGCCCACCGCGGCCUCGGCCGAUGGGCGCCUCUCCCUGUGCGGGCAGAUGCCCUCCUACUCCGUCCAAAACUGCUCCAUGGAGCACACCGAGACGUGCCCGGGGUAUCCCCAGUACCAGUACUGUGCUCCCGUGGUCUACUCCGGCCUGCUGCUCUUGGCGCUGGGUGUGAGCUCCACCAGGGCCAACCUCACUCCCUUUGGCGCUGACCAGGUGACUGACCGGGGUGAGGACACCACGCGGCGCUUCUUCAACUGGUUCUAUUGGAGCAUCAACAUCGGCGCUGUCUUCGCUCUCCUGGUGGUGGCCUUCAUCCAGCAGAACAUCAGCUUUCUCGUCGGCUACCUCAUCCCUGUUGCCUGCCUGGGCUUAGCUCUCCUCAUCUUCCUCCUGGCCACCCCCACCUUUGUUACCAAGCCCCCCACGGGCAGCCAAGUCUCUGUCAUGAUCAAACUAGCUUUGCAGAGCUGUGGUUGUACCUGGCUGGCGGGAAAMAGGCUGAAUCCUCACCGGUCACACACGGGGGCUAGGGAGUCUUUCCCCAGUAGCAGACCACAGCCCCAGGCUCCAUCUUAUGAAGAAGACCUUGCCAACUUUCGGGUGAUGGCCAAGAUCCUUCCUGUGAUGCUGACUUUCAUCCCAUACUGGAUGGUCUACUUCCAGAUGCAGUCCACCUAUUACCUGCAGGGCCUGCACCUCCGCAUCCCCAGCAUCUUCCAGCACAGCCAGACACGUGUCAGCGCUACCCAAAACUACAUGUUCCCAGAUGCCUGGCUCCUCCUGGCCAACGUGGUGGUCCUGCUGGCUUUGGUGCCCCUGAAAGACCGUGUCAUUGACCCGUUCUUGGUACGGUGGAAGCUGCUGCCAUCGGCGCUCAAGCGAAUGGCCCUGGGCAUGUUCUUCGGCCUCGCCUCCGUCCUCGCAGCAGGUGUCCUGGAGAGGGAGCGCCUGCAGUAYGUGCAUCACAACCGGACUGUCUCACAGCGCAUCGGCAAGGACAGCUACGUGGCCGCCUCGCUGCCCAUCUGGUGGCAGAUCCCCCAGUACCUGCUCAUCGGCGUCAGCGAGCUGUUUGUCAGCAUCCCGGGCCUUGAGUUUGCCUACUCUGAGGCCCCCAAGUCCAUGAAAGGAGCCAUCAUGGGUCUUUUCUUCUUCAUCUCCGGGGUGGGCUCGCUCCUGGGCUCCGGGCUUUUGACCCUCCUCUCGCUGCCUUCGCAUGGGUGGAUGCACUGCCCRGAGGACUACGGGAAUAUUAACAACUGCCACAUGGACUAUUACUUCUUCCUGCUGGCGGGCAUCCAGUUGGUCACCUGCCUCCUCUUCGCUUGGAUCUCUGUGCGCUAUGGAAAACAGCCACGCCGGCCUGGCGCUUGCCACCUCUGUGAGGAGGACUGACACCAUGGGAGGUCACCCAGGCCUUGUCCCCAUUCCC